UAUAUCUAUAUAUAUAUGCAUAUAUAUAUGAGUGUAUCUAUGCUUCUGUUGUUUGUCUACAAUGGGAAAAUAUUGAGACAGAGCACAGUCAUGAUAUUCAUUGAUUAGAUUAUUACAAUUGUGAAUAAAUAGAACCAAAUUGUAUGGUUUUAUCAUUCAGACAAAUAAAUAUAUAUUGAAUAAAAAAAAAUAAACAAUUAUAACAUUGAAUAGCAUUAAUCAUAAAUAGAAUGAAUACAAUAUUUGAUUAAGAUAAUGUUUUGAUCUAUGACAACUUCUAAAUGUAUAUUUUAUCAUUAGGCAACUACUUCAAUUAUUAUUAUUAUUAUUAACUAACUAAUUAAUUAAUUAAUUAAAAAAUAGCAUAACUACUGUAUUUUUUUCCUACAAAAGAAGAUACAACCAUCAAAUCUAUUUUUAUAUUGAUUAAUGUGUCUUAUUAUGCUUAUCAAAUAAACAAACAAUCAGUUUAAAUGAAACAUCCCUAUUCAUUGAAAAAAAUGAAUAAUAAUUAUUACUAUUACUAUUACUAUUAUUAUUGUUAUUGGAAUUAUUGAAUAAAUUUUUAAAAAAAACAUUAUUAGUGAAGUCAAAUUGCGUUAAUAAAACAAGGUGAGAACAAAAAGUAAACAAAAAAACAAACAAACAAUCAUUCUCUUGAAUAAGUCAAGAAAGAAAACGAAACUUCAGUUCUCUUGAAGGUGAAAACUUUGGAAAUAUAUACAUAUAUAAAUUAAUAGUUAUAAUAUAAGGAUUCAUAGUUGUUUACAUUAUCUUAUUGAUAUCAAGCAAUAAUAAUAAUAAUAAUAAUAAUAAAACAAGACGUGAUCCUAUGAAAAUGACAAAUAUAAAUAAAUCUAAUAAUCAAGAUGGUGAUGCAUUAGAUACUGUUAUUAUACCAUUAAAUUCUUCAUCAACAUCAACAAAAGUUCAUCAAACUAAAAAUGGAAUUUCUAAAUUAUUAUUUAUUUUAUUAAUUCUAUUACUUAUUUUAAUAUUAUUAUUUUUAAUUAUUGCAUCAAUUAUUGCAAUCUAUUAUUCAAAUGCAUAUUAUAAAUGUCAAACAAUUAAAGAUGCUGAGACCAAUCAUUUAAAAUGUAAUGAGCUUGAUGAAAUUUGUACUUCAGAAAAUGUAACAGAUGAUCUACUACAACGAGCACUUGAAUCAUUGUCAAAUCGAUCAAUGAAAGAUGUACGAUUACCAUAUACAGUAAUUCCGAGUUUCUAUGAUUUAAAACUUCAAGUACAUUUACAUCAAGGCAAACCAGAAACAUUCUUUUUUAAUGGAUCUGUUACUAUCAAGAUUUAUUGUUCAAUAUCUACUAAACACUUCUUUGUACAUGCUCAUAGUCGUUUAAAUAUUAGUUUAGAUAAAAUCAGUAUAUCUAUUCUAAGUGAUGAUGGUAAUACACAUGGUAACAUUGAUCUUAAAAAUAUUUCUUAUGAAGAAGACUUAGAAUGGUAUAGAAUAGAACUGGUACAUUCACUUCAACCUUUUACUUAUUAUGAAUUAACCUUUGGACAAUUUCGUUCAGCUUUAAACGAUGAAUUGAAAGGUUGGUAUUUGAGCAAGUAUAUAGAAAAUGGAACAUAUAAAUAUCUUGCAACUAGUCAACUUCAACCAACUGAUGCUAGACGUGUAUUUCCUUGUUGGGAUGAGCCUGGAUUUAAAGCACAAUUUCAGGUUAGCCUGAUACGUCAAAAAGAUUAUCAUUCACUAUCAAAUAUGGCUUUAGAAAGUACUGAAGAACUUCAUGAUAAUUGGUAUCUUGAUAAAUAUGAACCAAGUGUUAAUAUGUCAACAUAUUUAUUAGCAUUUGUAGUUUCACAAUUCGCAUCAAUUCGUGGUAUUGAUUCUAAAGGAAGAAAUUUUACUGUAUGGACAAGAUCAGAUAAAAUUAAUUCAGCCAAAUAUGCUCUUGAAACAGGGAAGAAAAUUAUUGGAUUUUUUGAAGAAUAUUUUGAACUUCCUUAUCCACUUAGAAAAACAGAUAUGGUAGCGGUGCCUGAUUUUGCUGCUGGAGCAAUGGAGAAUUGGGGUCUAAUGAUAUAUAGAGAAGCAACAAUGUUAUGGGAUCCUGAAUUUGGAACAGCAGCUACUCAACAAAAAGUGGCGACGGUUAUUUCACAUGAAGUCGCUCAUCAGUGGUUUGGAAAUUUAGUUACUUUGAAUUGGUGGGACGAUCUAUGGUUAAAUGAAGGUUUCGCAAGUUUCGCUGAAUAUAUUGGAGUGGAUCAUGUUCAUCCAGAAUGGGGAAUGGAUGAACAAUUUCUUCUGGAUGAUAUACAGAAAGUAUUGAUUAGUGAUUCGUUAGCGACAUCUCGGCCAGUUAUACAACCUGUUUACUAUCCAAAUGAAAUUAAUGAAAUUUUCGAUCCAAUUUCUUAUAAUAAGGGUGCGUCCGUUUUAAGAAUGAUGGAGUCAUUUAUGGGUCGAAACACAUUUCGUGCAGGUGUAAAAAAUUAUCUAUAUCAAAACAAAUAUAAAAAUACUGUUCAUGAAGAUUUGUGGAGGGCGCUCACUGAGGCAGCAAAACGUGCAGGUAAAGAUGUGAAUGUUAAAGCCGUAAUGGAUACGUGGAUGAAACAGAUGAAUUACCCAUUAGUAAUCAUUCAAAGAAAUGCUGAUGGCCAAUUUCAAUUUGUACAAAAACAUUACUUAGAGCCACAGGAUGCUAAAUCGCCAAAAAAUCCCUCACCAUACAACUUUACUUGGAAAAUACCAUUGACUUAUGGAUCAGCAAAGACUAUUAAUUGGGAUGAAACAGAUGUCAUUUGGAUGAUGAACAAGACAAUGACCCAAACACUAGAUGUUGCAGAAAAUUCUUGGUAUUUAUUCAACAUUAAACAAGCUGGAUUUUAUCGUGUUCAUUAUGCCGACAAUAACUGGGAACUAUUGACAGAACAGUUGUAUAAAGACCACCGUGCUAUUCCACUUCAUUCAAGAACACAAAUUUUGGAUGACUUAUUCAACUUAGCAAAUCGUGCUACUGUCUCAUACGAUGUCUACUUAAAUCUGACAAAAUAUUUGAAAAAAGAAGAUCAGUAUGUUGUAUGGGAAACGACUCGACGAGCACUAUCUUAUUUAGACCGUAUGCUUGCCAUGGACGAGAGUUAUGGAGCUUUUCAAGCAUAUUUGCGUACGCUUGUAGAUGAUCCUCUUAAAUCAGUGAACUGGACAACAAUGAAAGAAGAUAAAGAUCAUAUGAAGCAUAUGUUGCGCCUGACAUUAACUCGUCUAGCAUGUCAAGCUGAACAUCAUUCAUGCGUUAAAAUGGCUACGGAAUAUUACAGAAAUUGGAUGCUUAAUCCUUCACAAAAUUUGAUCCCACCAAGUUUGAGGCCAGCUGUUUAUUGCACAGCAAUUAGAAUCGGUGGACAAAAAGAAUGGGAGUUCCUAAAACAACGUUUAUUAGAAGUGGAUAUAAAAGAGGAUGAGAAAAAUAGUAUUUUACAGGCAUUGUCUUGUUCUCGUGAUAUGUGGAUAGUAAGACUACAUCUGGAAUGGGUCAUAAAAAAUAAUCAAAAGGAUCCUCAGGAUUUAUUAGAUGCACUUUCAUCUGUGGCAUUGUAUCCUAUCGGCCAGACACUUCUAUGGGAACAUAUUCGUGAAGCGUGGAGAUUUAUAAUGAAUGAAGGGAGAAACGCAACUCGCCCAACUGCUAAAGCCGCUUCCUCUGAUGAUCUCAAUGACAUUUGCAAGUAUCACCAAACCGCAAACUUUGGGCGUCAUAAUGAGUAAGUAAUACAAUUGGUUUGCACAAAAACACUUAAAAUUAUUCCUUCCAUCAACAUUUGUUUCAUAUUUGGACUAUCCAGUUUACCUUCGUAGAUAAUAUCACAUUAAUAUUAAUGAUUACAGAGGGUCACAUGAGAGUUUGGCAAUAAAUCUUAUUCGUUAUAUUAGAAUCGUAAUAAGGAAGUAAUUAACAUUGUUUCCAUUGUAUUAACAAUAAAAGUUAUUGAUUUGCAAAAAUCGAAUCUAGAGUUCCUUCAUAUCGGUAUUCUGUUUUCACUUUCAUACAUGUAUGGAGUUAACACGCUGACACAAGUAUAGAUAAACACAGCAUGGUUAACUCAAAUGGCUGUUUCUGUACACAGUAAACUAAAAGUACCUAAUUAAGUUAAAAAUAGAAGAGUGGAAAGUGACAUUUUGCUUAAUGAAUUUAACCGUCGAAUCCAUAAUAUAUUUUCUAAUGUCAACGAAGAAUUGAUACUCAAUCUGAAAGGCAUAUAGGCACUAGGAUUUCGUUGACACAUUUUGAAUCCAUAGGGUGUAUAAUAAGUAUCUAUGAUUAGCAUAGAUCAUGGUCUAUUUGGAACGGAAGGAAACCUAAGUAAUGACUGCAUUCUGUCAGUAAUAUAGGGAACAAGGUUUGCCAUAUUCUCGAAUUUCCAUCAUCCAAAUACUGUUUUUCUGUCACAUUAUUUUACAUAUCUUGGUAGGUAGUAUUAGUUCUACAAUACAAAUAUAUUAGGUAGAAUAACUUUGAUAUAUAUAUUUCGGAGUUCGUCUGCAUUUACAAGAAAGCAUAAUUUGAAUAGGAUAUAUAUAUAUGUAUAUACCCGAGCAAACCAAUUCUUUCACCUCUGCAUUGUUCAAGUAGUUUAUGUAUGAUUUCAAUUCAGCAAUUACUUGCUUACUAUCGCUUGUUAUCCCUCGUUGAAGAGCAUAGGACACUCACCAGGAUUCUAUAUCCAAAUUUUACCUUGGCCAUCCUUUCCAAUUGUUCAUAAUUGCUAUUCAUUCUUUUGAUGUCUACCACAUCUUCGUUCAGCAAUAAUACAGUUAAACGUACUUGUUUAUAUUUAAUUAAAUUAUUAUCUUUUUGUGAUUAUGAAUAUACUUCAGCCUCAUUCACAGUUUACAUCAAACAACGUGUACAGUUACUGAACUAAAAAUUGUUAAGUUACAUGUUUGAAAAUUUAAUUAUGAACAACUGACUAUUUACCAUGUAGAUGGAAAAUACAUUGACAUGGUUUGUUAUGACAUGAACGGAUGAAGAGUUUUAUGGUGUUAGUAGACUAGUCAUUUCACCACCUGUUAGUUCGAGAAUGUUUUCCAUGUUGUAUGAGGUUGUGAUUCGGGAAAAUUCAUUUCUAGCAUUUAAUCAUCUUUUUACGUUUUUGUUGGUAAAACAACAUCCAUUAAUAUAGGCAAUUCAGUUUAGUCAACUCCUGUUCGAAUUGUUCAUUCUUUAAUGAAAUCAAAUUAUUAAACACUUUAAGCUAUGAUACAUACAACUAAACUAUUAACGGGAUAUGAUAGUGUUACCAGAAUGGACAGAACAUCAGGUAAGUGAUUCUGCAGUCAAUGGAAAGUGUAUCAAGAUAUGAAUUACGUUUAUUUGUUCUAUUUUACAGGUGUGUACUAACUGUAAUCCUUAAAAUACUAUCCAAACGUCAUUACACACUAAAUAACAUACCGGAUCAAGAAGAAGUUAGUUCAAUUUUUUCUUAAAUUCUUAUUAAUUUUAUAAAUUUAGUCACUAAGUAUAUGACGUUGGAUGUUUUGAAGUGAAGGUUGUUUUUCUGUAUAACACUCAAUCAAUAGCUAUCACUGUUGUAUAUGACCAAGUUGAACAUAUAGACCUGUAUAAUCUUGAACUAGUUUAAGCAAGUACAUUACUAUAGCGUACACUGCAAAAAAUAGUAAAAGACAGUUAACAUCGAUAAACCUUCAAAAAUCUGUUUAAUUGAGAAAUUGAAAAUAUUGACGUUGUUUCAGUGGUGCCAAUAAACCCUUAACAAUUGGCUUAAGUACUAAUCACUAGACAUUAAGACUUUAGCGCACUUUUGGAGACAGUCAUAUCGUUCUAUCUAAACAAAAGUUAUUUCUAGAUUGAUGACAUUUUUCGAUUUACAUAUAGACGGAAUAUAUUGGUAUUUUGAAUGUCUUUACACAGGAAUAAAUUUAUAUUUAUGACGCGGAAUUUGUGCAGCUUGGUUGGGUGAGUUAAUUGAUGUGAUUUCGUUAAGGUUGAUAAUUUAGUAGUGUUUUCAUUAUCAUUAUGGACACUGUCAGCCACACAAACUUUAUUCGAUGUGAUAAGAUAUUACAAAUCCAGGGAAGAAGUAUUAUAACCACAUUUUAUGACGGCCUAUUAGUUGGUGCAUUUAUCAUUUCAAAGAUUCCACUCAAGAUAUAUGCUUCAUAUCUUGGACCAACAGCCACCAAAUUCACAGAUUGAGGUGUUUUCACCCCAUCCACCCGAACUGAUUACUACCAUACAGGUCGACCUAAUUUAUUUGGUAGUUAUUAAGUUUUUGUUUUUGGGAUUAAUGAAUACAAAUUGUUGACUUUUAAUUCACUAGGUACUUGCCAUGCAAAAUUCUGGACAAAAACUACUUGAAAAUCAUGUUCUGAAACGUGGAUUAAAUGAUUUGUUUAAAAGGUCGAAGGAAAACAUGAAAUGGACAAAAACUCAUCGUGAUGUUAUCAGUAAUUGGUUAAAUAAAAAUGUUCCCAAUACAAUCACAUUACUUUGAAUGCAUUUCUUUCAGACUAAUCAACAAUUUCACUAUUAGCCAGUUUUAUUCUGUUGAAUUAAUUGAUUACUGGUUUGUCAAUUCACAGAUCUAUCAAUCGAUCUAUCAAUCAAUUCAUCUGUACUUGUGUCUCUGUAACAAACUACUCAUUUCUCUUGUUUCCCUCUUAUUCAAUGUUAAGUAUUCAUAUUUCGGUUUUCAUGUGGUCUUAUUAUUAAUAUUAUUAUUAUUUUGAAUGUUCUAAUAUCCAUUCGUCACUGGAACGUAUAUACAUGUGUACAAUGGUUCGAUCGUACAUAUAUUCAUUCUACUAUUAUUGGCAAUACACAUUUUUCUUUAUUACAGAUGGACGAGAAUAUGUUUUAUAGUGCAAAGAUGAUAUAAAAAUGGAUAUACAAGCUCAGUUACUGUAUGAAUAAUUGCUAUUAUUGUUCCUAUUAUCGUUAUUAGUAUUGUUAUUAUUAUCGUUAUUGUUAUUAAUACUACUAUUAAUUAUGAUAGCUAUUAACCAGAAUGCAUGCUUAUCUGUAAAGGUAUAUUGGUUGAAUUUUUAUGAUCUGAUAACAUUUCGAAAAGUUGAUCUUGUGUGUAACUAGUACUUAUACUCCAUAAAAAUGAUAAGAUUGUUUGUGUUUUCAAGUGUUUGUUCAUCAAGAUUUUGAAACUUAUAUACAUAUAUUAAAUAAUGUAAUUUACAUCCUCUU